ACCUUGAAAUUAGGUUCCACACGUCAACCUUUUUUCUUCUCUCUCUCUCUCUCCCUCCAGUAAGAAUUAUCUCUUAUCUUCUCAUCUGCUUGUCUUCUUCAUCUUCUUAACAUGUUAUCAUUUAUUUAUCUUCAUAUUCAUUAUAUACUUUUUUUGUUCGACGAGAGUUAGAAUCAAUCUCAUUCUAAACACUAGUUUGUUUCACUCAACAACAACCAUCAUUUAGAAUUGAUUGUUAUGAUCAUCAAAACAAUCAAUUCUCUCCGAAACUAAUUCAACAAUUUGCUUUCAACUUCUUUUUUUCCUGUUUCUCAUCUUAUUUUUCCUUCUAAUACUUUUGAUACCUGUAAAUCUACACUAAAUCUUGUAAUUGAAAGCGAACUAGUUAAUUCCAAUGUUCUUAAUGUUUACAGUUAAAUUUGAUUACAAUGGUUACGAUUUUAUCCUUAUUGCAUUUUAGUGUUUUGUAAAAUUGUAAUUUUCUUGUUUCAUUUUCACCGUGAUUUGUGUUAAUCAGUUCAAAUACGUUCUCAGACUAUUAUCGUUCGGUUAAUUGUUGACUUAUUGGUUUGAUUAUUGUUACUGUUUCUUGGUCCAUGUCAAUUUAAAUCAGGCAACCAAGGAGUACGAUUUAAUCAUGAUCAUACAACUGGGUUGCCUGUGGAUUACAAUUGUGGCCGUUUCUUUGAUCAAAAGUGUAGACAAUUUAACUAAUCCAAUUCCAAUCAGAAUUGUGAGUGAGACUUCACGUUUAAUUAGUUCUACUCCGUCACCUAAAUCAUUGGCUACCGUUAAACCACCGGCUAAUUUUUCUGGUCCAUCGGCUCUUCGGCUUUUGGAAAACCAAUGUUUCACUUAUUUAGAUGAAAUUUAUCAAUAUCGAUUUUGUCCCUUUCGAAAUGUGACCCAACAUGAGACCACAAGUAACUGGUCUCGAUUUGAAGGUGUUCUCGGUAUUUGGUCAGGCGAAUGGUCAAUCGGUAAUAACACUUUUCUCUCAAUGAAAUAUCGUGAUGGUGAUUUAUGCUCAUCGAAAACUGGACAAAUACGUCGACGAGUUAAAGUCUAUCCAAUUUGUGGUUCCUCGAAUCGGCUUAUCAAUGCAACCGAACCUGAUCUCUGUCGUUACGAGUUAUACUUUCAAACUCCGUUAAUCUGUGAUACCAAAAAUAUCAAAGUCUAUCCAACACUGGAUGAGAAUCUACGUUCCAAAUGGGAUCUAUUGGAAACUCUCAGACUCAAUCAACUAAUCGCCGAAAAAGCUUAUACCUUUCAAGUAGAUCAAAUAUUUCGAGAGGCUGGACUAAUCCAUCGAAACAUGUACGCACUUGGAUUAGAAGAUAAAGAUGAUGAAGAUGAUCCUCAAUUCGAUAAUCUGGCCCAAUGUAAACAAGCAUAUAAACACCUUUUAAAAGAGAGAAAAAAUUCUGCCAAAACAAAUCAACUAAUUAACAAUUCGUUUCACAAUUAACGACUUGAAGUAAUUUUAUAUUAGUAACAGAAUCAUCUUUGGUUAUUGAUUAUCAUUCAACUCGAUCAUCUUGAUUACCAGUUAACUUAAAUCUCUCAUCUAAGUUUGCUGUUUAAUCAUUUUCUCUUUCAUUAAAACUUGAAAUCACUAAGUGAUCUUAAUUAUUAAUCAUCUCAAACAUCAAUGAUUGUCAAUUAAUCAAAAAUGUGAUCAUAAUCAUUUUCAUCCCAAUUUUCUGUUUAACGUUUUUUUUACACUUUUAUCUCAAAAAUCUUAUAUUUUAUGUUAAGAUAAUUAAAAACUAAAUCAUUUAUUCUGAUUAAAA